AUGAAUGGAAUGUUGAGCAUAUAUUAUUUCAUUAUGGUGUAUUGUAUACCAGUGGAGAGUUUUAGAGGGUAUAAAAUUAACUGUAAUUUGGGCUUUAGAACCAAUUGCAGUAGUAAUGAGAGUAAAUUGAAUGAUCCAAAAGAGUUGCUUGAAAGUAUUAAAAUAAAAGAUAAAUCAGAAAAUGGAAUAUGUGAUGAUAGUGAGCCUGAUAAUACCAGUCCCAGAUUUGGAAUUGAUAAGAGCAUGAUAUACACUUUAAGCCAUGAUGACUAUGUGGUUGUGGGAAAGAUACUUGGAACUUACGGGUUAAAAGGACAUGUUAAAGUUAAAAGUUACACAUCUCAUCCUGAAAUAAGGUUAUGUGAGCCUGGAUAUAGGUACCUUAAGAUCCCAUUUAACGACGAGAGAGUUAUACCAAUUAACCUAGUUACUGGUAGAUUUUCCGGAAACAAGGACGUCUACAUUGUAAAGUUUGAGGGCUUUGAUAACAUACAGCAGUCGCAAAGGAUAACUAACACUUACCUCACGGUGCCACUUUCAAUCAUGCCACCACUCGAAGAGAACACUUACUACGCAAGGGAUAUCAUUGGGCUUGGAUUAUACCUCUACAAUGAUAUCAAUAAGACUAAAUUGGGGAACAUUAUCUCGUUCAUACAUCAUUCAGAUUUAGCUUUCAAGAAGGUACUUUUUACAAUUUUUUACAAUUAA